AUGUGGCGGAAGUUCGGCGAGGCAGGUUUUCUAGGCCCUACAGCGGAUGAAGAGUACGGUGGACUAGCCAUGGGUUACCAGGCACACUGCGUAAUCCUGGAGGAGCUGAGUCGCGCGAGUGGAAGCAUCGGGCUCUCAUACGCAGCCCACUCACAGCUCUGCGUAAACCAGCUAUCGCUCAAUGGCUCCCCCGAACAAAAAGCAAAAUACCUCCCGGGCCUGAUCUCAGGCGAUCAAAUCGGCGCACUGGCAAUGAGCGAACACUCAGCGGGCUCCGACGUUGUGAGCAUGAAGACCACAGCUAAAGAAGUUGACGGCGGCUACCUCCUCAGCGGCACAAAAAUGUGGAUUACCAACGGCCCCGACGCGCACACCAUCAUUGUCUACGCCAAAACCCAGCCCGACGCAGCCUCCAAGGGAAUAACCGCUUUCAUCGUCGAAACUACCGCAAAGGGGUUCUCCGUUGCGCAGAAGCUCGAUAAAUUCGGUAUGCGCGGCUCCAACACAGGCGAGCUCAUCUUUGAAGAUGUUUUCGUGCCUAAGGAAAACGUGCUGGGCGAGGUAAACAAGGGCGUAAGGGUCUUGAUGGAAGGUCUUGAUCUCGAGCGGUUGGUGCUCUCCUCCGGGCCGCUGGGUCUUAUGCAGGCCUCUCUCGACAACGCCCUGCCCUACACACACCAACGCAAGCAAUUCGGUCAGCCGAUUGCCCAUAAUCAACUCGUGCAGGGCAAACUCGCAGACAUGUACACGAAGUAUCGCGCUUCCUCAGCGUUCACAUACUCUGUGGCCAGACACAUCGACGAGUCGCACGAGAACCCAGAGAUCAGGACGCAGGACUGCGCGGGUGCAAUUUUGUACGCGGGGGAGAGGGCGAGUGAGGUCGCUGCUGAUGCGGUGCAGUUGAUGGGCGGUAUGGGGUACAUGAAUGAGGUGCCCGUGGGAAGGAUAUUGCGGGACGCGAAGCUGUACGAGAUUGGGGCGGGGACGAGCGAGGUAAGGAGGAUGGUCAUUGGUAGGGCAUUUAACAAGGAGUACAAGGACACGUGA